AUGGAGGAUCAAAGGGGACUUAGAGAUAAUGUUGAAUGCACCAUACCUAAAGAUGAUGGUAUUUCGGCAUCUUUUGUUGGGUUCAGGGUUCAGCAUGACAAUGCAAGAGACCCCAUGAAAGGAGGAAUCAGAAAUCACCCAGAGGUUGUUUACAUUCUGCUGUUUGGAAUCUUCCGAAAUAUGGAUUAUGAUGAAGUGAAUGCUUUAGCACAACUAACGACAUGGAAGACUGCAGUUGCCAAUAUCCCAUAUUGUGGAGCUAAAGGUGGGAUAGGAUGUGAUCCAGGAAAGUUAAGCAUAUCUGAGCUAGAACGGCUUACUCGAGUUUUUACCCAAAAGGUACAUGACCUGAUUGGAACUCACACAGAUGUUCCAGCGCCUGACAUGGGAACAGGUCCACAGACAAUGGCAUGGAUACUAGAUGAGUACUCCAAAUUCCAUGGCUAUUUACCUGUUGAUCUCGGAGGAUCACUUGGCAGAGAUGCCGCUACUGGCAGAGGAGUGCUCUUUGCCACAGAGGCCUUUCUUAAUGAGCAUGGAAAGACCAUCUCUGGACAAAAAUUUGUAAUACAGGUGUACCUCGAUGGCAAGAUUUUGAUACAAAUACGGUUAAUAUAA